GAAUGGAUUGAGGGCAAGUGGUUGGUCCCUGCUUCUGAGACAUUCCAUGUGCCCACGCGAUCAUUUUACGCGCGCGAGAGACUCAUCUGCAAACGCGGCGAAGCAAAUCCAAUGGGCGCAAUCAUUGGCAGAUGUGCUGUACUGCCGAUGAGAGACUAUGUCAAAG